ACAGUCACAGGUUGCUAUCGGAAGGCCCCCUGCAGGUUCCCCUUCCGCUCUGUCUAAAGACUUCCGCUUUGGGCCGUCAACAUGGACGCUGCUGCUGCCGGGCGGAGCGGCCUCUGAGCCAUCGCGGAGGUGCAGCUUUUCUGCGGCGGCGGCCCCGCUUCCCCGCCCUCCCUGCCUCCCCCCGCCCCUCGCUCCCGUCUCUGGAGCCGGCGGGCUCGGCGCUACAUGGGGGCGGGCCUCCGUGGCCGGGGCAAGGCUUCCUGUUCAGAGGCUGCCCGGCAGUAGGCGGCGGCGACUCUGCCCGUGCCUGCUUCGGCGCGGUGACCGAGCGCCCGGGAGGUCCACGGGCCGCAUCUCGUGCCGCCGCACCAAGCCCGGCCCUGCGCCGCCAUGGCCCCAGUGCAGCUGGAAAACCACCAGCUGGUCCCGCCCGGAGGCGGCGGCGGGGGCAGCGGCGGCCCGGCGUCAGCCCCAGCUCCUCCUCCUCCAGGAGCCGCCGUGGCGGCGGCCGCUGCGGCUGCGGCUAGCCCGGGCUACCGAUUGAGCACUCUCAUCGAAUUUCUGCUGCACCGGGCCUACUCGGAGCUCAUGGUGCUGACCGACCUAUUGCCAAGGAAAUCCGAUGUGGAAAGGAAAAUAGAAAUAGUACAGUUUGCUAGCCGGACACGCCAACUCUUCGUUCGAUUAUUAGCUUUAGUAAAAUGGGCUAAUAAUGCUGGCAAAGUGGAAAAAUGUGCGAUGAUCUCAAGCUUCUUAGAUCAGCAAGCCAUCCUGUUUGUGGAUACUGCUGAUCGCCUGGCCUCGUUAGCUAGAGAUGCUCUGGUCCAUGCACGCCUGCCUAGUUUUGCUAUCCCGUAUGCCAUUGAUGUACUGACUACUGGUUCUUACCCACGGCUGCCAACCUGCAUUAGGGAUAAAAUCAUUCCUCCAGACCCUAUUACCAAAAUUGAGAAACAAGCCACACUUCAUCAGCUUAAUCAGAUUCUUAGACAUCGACUUGUAACCACAGAUCUUCCUCCUCAGCUAGCAAAUCUUACAGUUGCAAAUGGCCGCGUGAAGUUUCGAGUUGAAGGAGAAUUUGAAGCUACUUUGACAGUGAUGGGAGAUGACCCUGAUGUUCCAUGGCGCCUUCUCAAGCUAGAAAUUCUAGUUGAGGAUAAAGAAACAGGAGAUGGGCGAGCCUUGGUUCAUAGUAUGCAGAUCAACUUUAUCCAUCAGCUGGUGCAGUCUAGGCUCUUUGCUGAUGAGAAACCUCUUCAGGACAUGUACAACUGUCUACAUUCUUUCUGCUUAUCACUUCAGUUAGAAGUGUUACAUUCCCAGACUCUAAUGUUAAUCCGAGAGCGGUGGGGAGACCUUGUGCAGGUGGAAAGGUAUCAUGCUGGAAAGUGCCUCUCCCUAUCCGUUUGGAACCAACAGGUUCUUGGUAGAAAAACAGGAACAGCUUCUGUUCACAAAGUUACAAUUAAAAUUGAUGAGAAUGAUGUCUCCAAGCCCCUACAGAUUUUUCAUGAUCCCCCUUUGCCAGCUUCCGAUUCCAAAUUAGUCGAAAGAGCUAUGAAGAUUGACCACUUAUCAAUAGAAAAACUCUUGAUUGACAGCGUCCAUGCAAGAGCUCAUCAGAAGCUCCAGGAACUGAAGGCCAUUCUUAGAGGCUUCAAUGCCAAUGAAAACUCUUCCAUCGAGACUGCACUUCCGGCUCUUGUUGUUCCCAUCUUGGAGCCCUGUGGUAAUUCGGAAUGCCUACACAUUUUUGUAGAUUUGCAUUCUGGGAUGUUCCAAUUGAUGCUUUAUGGACUUGACCAGGCCACUUUGGAUGACAUGGAAAAAUCUGUGAAUGAUGACAUGAAACGGAUCAUUCCUUGGAUUCAGCAGCUUAAGUUUUGGCUUGGACAGCAGCGUUGCAAGCAAUCUAUAAAACAUCUGCCUACGAUAAGCAGUGAGACAUUGCAGCUUUCCAAUUACUCUACUCAUCCUAUUGGAAACCUUUCUAAGAAUAAGCUGUUUAUUAAACUUACCCGUCUUCCGCAAUACUACAUUGUUGUGGAGAUGCUCGAGGUUCCCAAUAAACCUACGCAGCUGUCAUACAAAUACUACUUCAUGUCUGUGAAUGCCACCGAUCGUGAAGACAGCCCUGUUGUGGCCCUCUUGCUUCAGCAGUUCAAGGAAAAUGUCCAGGACUUGAUUUUUCGUACAAAACCUGGGAAACAGACUAGAACUGGAACCAAGCGUAAGUUGUCUGAUGAUCUGUGUCCAGUAGAAUCCAAGAAAACCAAGCGAUCAGGAGAAACGUGUGCCUUCAAUAAAGUUCUAGCUCACUUUGUUGCUAUGUGUGAUACAAACAUGCCAUUUGUAGGACUUCGGUUGGAGUUGUCCAACCUGGAGAUUCCACAUCAAGGAGUGCAAGUUGAAGGUGACGGCUUUAGCCAUGCGAUUCGCUUAUUAAAAAUUCCCCCCUGUAAGGGUGUAAAUGAGGAAACCCAAAAGGCUCUGGACCGCUCUCUUCUUGAUUGCACUUUCCGAUUACAAGGUAGAAAUAACCGCACGUGGGUGGCAGAGUUGGUAUUUGCAAAUUGUCCACUUAAUGGCACUUCUACGAGGGAACAAGGCCCGUCCCGGCACGUUUACCUGACCUAUGAAAAUCUGUUGUCUGAACCUGUUGGUGGAAGAAAAGUGGUUGAAAUGUUCCUUAAUGACUGGAACAGCAUCGCACGAUUAUACGAGUGUGUGUUGGAAUUUGCACGUUCUCUACCAGACAUACCUGCACAUCUAAAUAUUUUCUCAGAAGUUCGUGUUUAUAAUUAUCGAAAACUUAUCUUGUGUUAUGGAACCACCAAGGGAAGUUCAAUUAGUAUCCAGUGGAAUUCCAUCCAUCAGAAAUUUCACAUUUCUUUGGGAACAGUUGGCCCAAACUCAGGUUGCAGUAACUGUCACAACACCAUUCUCCAUCAGCUUCAAGAAAUGUUCAACAAAACACCAAAUGUGGUUCAGUUAUUACAGGUACUAUUUGACACUCAGGCUCCGUUAAAUGCCAUCAACAAACUCCCCACCGUGCCCAUGUUGGGCUUGACCCAGAGAACCAACACUGCCUACCAGUGCUUCUCCAUUCUGCCGCAGUCCUCCACCCACAUCAGACUGGCCUUCAGGAACAUGUAUUGCAUUGACAUAUAUUGUCGGAGUCGAGGCGUCGUGGCAAUACGGGAUGGUGCCUAUAGUCUUUUCGAUAACAGCAAAUUAGUUGAAGGUUUUUAUCCUGCACCAGGGCUAAAGACUUUCCUGAAUAUGUUUGUUGACAGCAAUCAGGAUGCUCGAAGAAGAUCUGUAAAUGAGGAUGAUAAUCCCCCUUCUCCUAUAGGAGGAGAUAUGAUGGAUUCUUUAAUAUCACAACUCCAGCCACCACCCCAGCAGCAGCCAUUUCCAAAGCAGCCAGGAACAUCAGGCGCGUAUCCUCUUACUUCACCCCCCACAUCUUAUCACAGCACAGUUAAUCAGUCUCCCUCUAUGAUGCACACACAGUCUCCAGGAAAUCUGCAUGCUGCCAGCUCCCCCAGUGGGGCUUUGAGAGCCCCAUCACCAGCGUCAUUUGUUCCAACUCCUCCCCCAUCCUCGCAUGGAAUCUCAAUAGGACCAGGGGCCAGUUUUGCUAGUCCACAUGGAACUCUUGACCCUAGUUCUCCGUACACUAUGGUGUCACCAAGUGGACGAGCAGGGAACUGGCCCGGGUCUCCUCAAGUGUCCGGCCCCUCACCAGCAACACGUUUGCCUGGAAUGUCACCAGCCAACCCAUCACUACAUUCUCCAGUUCCUGAUGCUUCUCAUUCCCCUCGAGCUGGAACAAGUUCCCAAACCAUGCCAACAAACAUGCCUCCACCUCGCAAACUACCUCAGCGCUCCUGGGCGGCCUCCAUACCUACCAUCCUCACUCACAGUGCCUUGAACAUUUUACUGCUGCCCUCUCCAACGCCAGGCCUUGUGCCCGGCCUGGCAGGUAGUUACCUUUGUUCCCCACUGGAGAGAUUCCUUGGAUCAGUCAUCAUGAGACGACACCUUCAGAGAAUCAUUCAACAGGAAACGCUGCAGCUGAUCAAUUCCAAUGAACCUGGAGUGAUCAUGUUUAAAACUGAUGCCCUGAAAUGCAGAGUAGCUCUUAGUCCCAAAACCAACCAGACCCUUCAGCUAAAAGUGACACCUGAAAACGCAGGACAGUGGAAACCUGAUGAACUUCAAGUUUUGGAGAAAUUCUUUGAAACAAGAGUUGCAGGACCACCUUUUAAAGCCAAUACAUUAAUAGCCUUCACCAAGCUGUUAGGAGCACCUACACACAUCCUCAGGGACUGUGUGCAUAUUAUGAAGCUAGAGCUGUUCCCUGACCAGGCAACACAGCUGAAAUGGAACGUUCAGUUUUGCUUGACGAUUCCCCCCAGCGCACCGCCAAUCGCACCUCCUGGGACGCCUGCUGUGGUGCUGAAAUCCAAAAUGCUAUUUUUUCUUCAACUAACUCAGAAAACAUCGGUCCCUCCCCAAGAACCUGUUAGUAUUAUAGUUCCCAUCAUUUAUGACAUGGCUUCAGGUACAACUCAGCAGGCAGACAUUCCCAGACAGCAGAACUCUUCAGUUGCUGCUCCCAUGAUGGUCAGCAACAUUCUGAAGAGGUUUGCAGAGAUGAACCCACCACGACAAGGUGAAUGCACAAUAUUUGCAGCUGUUCGUGAUUUAAUGGCUAAUCUUACACUGCCCCCUGGUGGGCGUCCAUAGACACUAUUGUUUUUAAACCAGGAAGGCUGACAAAUGAGACAAAACAACACAAAAAAAGUCUGAAUUCAGCCUUCAGUUUAAAAAAGAAA